UGUCCGCAGUCCUUGUCAUUCCUGUACUGUGUCCGCAGUCUCUGGGUCAUCUCCUGUACCUGUGUCCCGCAGUCCUGGUCAUCUCCUGUACUGUGUCCGUCUGUCUCUUGGUCAUCUCCUGUAACUGUGAUCCGCAGUCUCUGGUCAUCUCUGUUACCCGUGUCCCAGUCUCUGGUCAUCUCCUGUACGAGUUGUCCGCAGUCUCGUGGUCAUCUCCCGUACAGUGUCCGCAUGUCUCUGGGUCAAGCUCCUGUACUGUGUCCGCAGUCUCUGGUCAUCUCCUGUGCAUGUGUCCGCAGUCUUCUGGUCAUCUCCUGUACUGGGUCCGCAGUCUCCCAUUGUCAUCCACUGUACUGUGUCCGCAGU